AAAAUACAUUUAUACAACUGAUUUCAGUGUCGAAAAAUAAAGUAUGCUCUGAUGACAUGAAUUUUGCUGAGAAUAACACUUUAUAUCAGUUUAAUAUUGUUUACCAUGGAAAAGUUUUGACCAAAUAAUUAUUCACAUAUAAUAAUGUCAAGAUGUCUUUGCCAUUUAGUUUAUGCACAACUAAACUGAAUUUAUCAAGUUAAUUUAGGUUUGCAAUCCUUAAAAGUUAUCAUUUUACUUGUUUUUAUAAGUUUUAGUAAUUGAUUCGUUUGAGGCAGCUAGUUUGAGAGGAUUUAAGUAAAUCUGUUUUCAUAUACCCCAAAGAUUGAGAAUUACAAGUUAUGUUCACUUUUACAAUUAAAUGUAAUGUUACAGUUUACAGUGCACUCUAAUCUCAGGUGGUGGUAAUAAACCUUAACGUUGGUUGCCAACCACCAUAAAGGGGCGAGAAGAAGAAGAAAGAGAAAGUGAAAAUAAAAAUCUGGAGCGGCUCCACCUCUAAUCUCAAACAAAAGAACAGCUGCUGUUUUCUCUGCUGCCUGAAACAGAUUCACUUUUAAAUUAAUCUCAGGAACAGGAAGAGAGACGAGCUUCUCGCAGAGAGAAAAUGGCUUCCAGGUCUGAGAAGGAUCUUUUCUGCACCAUCUGCCACGAAAUCUUCACGGAUCCUGUGGUUCUGUCAUGCAGCCACAGCUUCUGUCAAGCCUGCGUUCAGUCCUGGUGGAGGGAAAAACAAAUGAACGAGUGUCCGGUUUGCAAGGAAAGGCCUCUGAGCAACCCACCCAUCAGCUUGGCUUUGAAGAAUCUGUGUUUAGCAGAAAAAACAAAGCUCUCUGAAGGAGUGGAGCCGGGUCUGUGCAGCCAGCACAACGAGAAGCUAAAGCUGUUCUGCCUGGACCACCAGCAGUCCGUCUGCGUCGUCUGCAGGGACUCCAAAGCUCACAGCAACCACAGGUUUAGACCCAUCGACGAGGCAGCGGAGGAGCACAGGGAGGAGGUCCGGGAGUCCCUCACGGCUCUGCGGGAAAAGCUGAAGCUCUUCGAAGAGGCGAAGGGGAGCUGUGACCAAAACGCCAAACACAUCAAGAGCCAGAGCAGAAACACAGAGAAGCAGAUCCGGGAUCAGAUCAGGAAGUUUCACCAGCUUCUGCAGGAGGAAGAGGAGGCCCGCAUCGCCACGCUGAGGGAGGAAGAGCGGCAGAAAAGCAAAGCGAUGAGGGAGGAAUCUGAAGCUCUCAGCAGGAUUAUCUCAGAUCUCUCCAACACCAUCAGAGAGACGGAGAAGCAGCUGAAGGCUGAGAGCGUUUCCUUCCUGCAAUCCUACAAAGCUGCCUUAAAAACAGCGGAACAGCGCCACCUGCAGGAGAAACCGGCACUGUCCGCCGGCGCCCUGCUGGACGUGGCCAAACAUCUGGGCAACCUGAGCUUCAACAUCUGGACCCAGAUGAAGGCGGCCGUCUGCUUCUCCGCCGUGGUUCUGGACCCAAACACGGCUCACCCCGAGCUGAACCCGGCCGACGACCUGAGCGCCGCGACGCACGGAGAGCGGCUCAAGCUGCCGAACAACCCGGAGCGGUUCAGCUGGUGCCGCGCCGUGCUCGGCUCGGACGGGUUCACUUCUGGGUCGCACAGCUGGGAGGUUGAGGUCGGAGACGGCAGUGGCUGGGAGGUGGGCGUGGUGGCGGAGUCUGCGGACAGGAAGGAGUCCGUUGGGUCGGGGUCGUGGAGGAUCGGUUCAGACGGCGCCUUUCUGGCCUUCUUCCCUCCAGGGAGAAGUUCGGUUCUGUCUGUCAAGCCGCCCCGCAGGAUCCGAGUCCAUCUGGACUGGGAGAGGGGGAAGCUGUCGUUCUCUGAUGCCGAUACCGACGGCCACAUCCACACCUUCAGCCACUGCUUUACUGAGAAACUGUUUCCUUUUUUCAGCAUCAAGAAGGAGAAAACACUGAAAAUAUUAACAAAACCAGUUUCUGCCUCUGUGGGCCAAUGAUGGGCGGAGCUUCAGUGAUGGGAGGAGACUCUGUGAUGGGCGGGGCUUCGGUGAUGGGCGGAGCUUCAGUGAUGGGCGGAGCUUCAGUGAUGGGAGGAGACUCAGUGAUGGGGAGAGUAAAGAACUCAAAAAUUUUUAGAUUAAAAUAGGAAAUUUUCUGAAGAAAAAAACAAGGAAUUUCUGAGUUUGAAAAGUCACAUUGAAAUAAAAUUAUAUAUUUUUGUAGCAAAUGGAUGUAGAUUCAAAACGUAACAAUAAUUUUGCACACUUGCUGUGUUAAAAUCGACAUUGUUACUCAACUUAUUCCUGGCUUUGUUGAAU